UCAACGAUGAGCUGACUGAUGAGGAGUGUGUGUGUCAUCCAGGCACCACCCCACACCAACACACACUCAACACACUCAACACACUCACAACACACUCAACGCAUCAAGACAGACACACACACACACACACACACACACACACACACACACACACACACACACACACACACACCUCUGCAUGGCGGAGGGCGGGAGUGUGCAGCUGCGAUUGCUGCACUUGAAAGGCCUUCGGCUUGCAUUGCGAAGUAGCGAUGUGGCCGUCACGUGCAAGACCGACACAAGCUUCGGACCACACCGGGCGCGAGCUGUGAUAACAAAGCGGACAAGCUACGAGCAGCAGCCCUCGCUCACAGUGGGAAUCGAGGGCGCAAAGUUCCUCAAAGUCAUCGUGGCAGACCUGCUCACCUUUGGCCGAGAAAGCGUCGUCGGCACAGCCACCAUCGACCUCCAGCAGCUUGCCAUCGCCGUUGGCAGCACCCGCACCUUGUCACUGCCGUUAUCGCCUCAGGGAGAAGUCAAGGUCUGGAUCCGAUUCCUGGGAAGCAGACCCAUGUUUGGCGUCGACCUGCAAGCCAUCACCCAGCGUGAAGGGACCACCGUUCCACGCAUCGUCACCAGAUGCAUACGGGCGGUGGAGGAAGCAGGCCUCGGUGUCGAGGGCAUAUAUCGGGUGCCAGGUUCGCAGCCGGCCAUCGACGCUCUCAAGGCUUCCUUCCAGGAAACGCAGGGCCAAUUCGAGUUUAAGAAGGAGCACCUGGUGAGCAUCAACAACGUUGCCAGCUUGCUCAAGCAGUUUCUGAACGCGCUGCCGCGCUCGCUGCUGCACAGCCAGGCGGCGACGAUGCUUGCCAUCUUUUCCAAAGGCGCCCCCUCCACCAUGAACCGCGCCUUGUUUGAGAGUUUUAUGGCAGUCGACGAGCCCAGUCGUGCAACGGCGCUCGCCCUCCUCACGCACAUGCGCAAGAUUGCCAAGCAUUCAGACAAGAAUCAGAUGACCUUCUCCAACCUUGCCACGUGCUUUGGGCCAAACCUCAUCUCGCACCCCAGCACCCCCACACACGCGCCCACAACCGCAGAGGAAAUGCACAGGAUUGCAUCCCAAUCAAGGGAGUGCAACGCGUUUGUGUCGUAUUUGCUUGGACAGGACGACCUGCUGUGCGCGUGUGCGUGUAAAGACGAGAGCAAACUGGAGAGUGAUGGCCCGCCCUCGCCCGUCUCUGCAUCAUCUUCGUCAUCAUCCACCUUGUCCACUUCAUCUGCAUCAGCACACAGGCGGCCGCUCGAUGUGUUUCAGCAACACCAGCCCGUCGACUUUACUGCUUUCCGCCUUGUCUGCCACGAGCUUGGCUGGUACGUUGCGCGCGACGAAGAGCACGUGUUCGCGGAAGCAGCGGAUGGAGCGUCCACCAUCUCCUGGCGACAGUUCAAGCGGUGGUGGGAGGAGAGCGAUCGAAGCAAGCUGUCGUCGCAGAAGCUGUAUGCUCUCAAGCGCGCCGCUCGCUUCUUCAUGCUAUUCGCAAUACAUGACGCUGCUGAUCCGGUCCAGCGUUCUGUGACGGCCGACGAGUGCGCCGUCGUGCAAAGCGCAGUACGUUGCAGUGACGGGUGUGGCGCACACGUGCGCGUGGGUGUCUCUCUUGAGAACUCAUGUUCUCGAGCGCACCUGCUCGUACUAUUCGUUUUGUUGCACUGCCUCGUGUUGCUCUGCCCCCACUUAUUCCCUGUUUCAACCCCCCCUCUCUCUUCUAUUCACACACACACACACGCACACACAAAAGUGCACGCGCAUUCCCUUCUCUCUUCCGUUUAUGUUAACUUCCCGCUGCGUUUGCACUAUCGACAACAACCAGAGACUUUGUAGUGCCACGUUUGCUUUGCCAAUCGUUGUCCAUACGCCAUCUCUGGUCGCUUCCUGUUCAUUGACCGUUCUGACCCCCAGUUCUAACUGCCGCUGCUGCUACCCUCCACCCCGUUGUUCUACCUUCACGCCAGUUAUUGUUGUUGUUGUUGGUGUUGCUGCUGGUGUUGCUGCACAUGGUUCCUGGUAUGAGGUCAUGCUCACACAGCCAAACCAACGCGCGCACACAAUACAAGUACACCCUCGCAAGUGCGUGCUAGCACAAGCUUGAUUGAUGGCUCACAACUCAUCAGGUGUAGCCGUUUAUCUUGCGAUAGAGGUCAAAAUAAGUA